UGCGCCCUCGCCCACCAUGAGGGGCCGGGGCGCGCUCCUGGCUCGCGCGUCGCGGCUGCUGCUGUUGCUGCUGCUCAAAAUCUCUGUCUCUUCCGCAAUCGGCUUUGCUCCUGCUCCCAGAAACAAAACUUGUCCCGGGGAGAGCUGUUCUCCCGCUCUGAUUCAGCUCCGCCACCGGGAUGCUUGGGGACCGGGAAGUUCUGCACGAGACGUUCUCGGCGUCCGGGAGCCCUGGGCGCGGCCGGGGGCGGCGGUGCGCGCAGCGCCCUCCCGGGACCUCGUGGCGGCCGCGGGCGGAGACCCAGGUGCGGCAGGGGCGGAGGCGUCGGCGGCUGGUCCCGCGGGACCUCCACCUGGCGCCGGGAGGAGGAGAAGUGCCCGGGGUCGGGAGCACCCUGGCGAGUUAGAGAGAGGGGACCCCAAGGCCCUCCAACUCCUCCUCCAGACCUCAGGGGAGGACGAGAGGAGUUCCAGAGGCGCUAGCAUUUCCUGGCAUAGUCAGGAGCAGAACGUGAAACAGGAACCCGGAGCCAGCGAUCCUUUUUACUGGCCUAAGAGAGCCGGGAAACUCAGGGGCUCCCACCACAAGCCCCCACCCGAGUCGGUCCGUGCCCCCGCAGGGCAUGAAGGGCGGACACUUGCACCCCCGGGCAGGGCGCUACCCCAGAAUGGGUCCUCGGGCGAAGAUGUCCACGAGCUAGGGGGUCCACGCCGGGGGAACAGCACUAACCGGCGCGCGAGACUGAAGAACCCCUUCUACCCGCUGACCCAGGAGUCCUAUGGAGCCUACGCAGUCAUGUGUUUAUCAGUGGUGAUCUUCGGGACGGGCAUCAUCGGCAACCUGGCGGUGAUGUGCAUCGUGUGUCACAACUACUACAUGCGGAGCAUCUCCAACUCCCUCCUGGCCAACCUGGCCUUCUGGGACUUUCUCAUCAUCUUCUUCUGCCUUCCACUUGUCAUCUUCCACGAACUGACCAAGAAGUGGCUGCUGGAGGACUUUUCCUGCAAGAUCAUCCCCUAUAUCGAGGUCGCAUCUCUGGGCGUCACUACAUUCACCUUAUGUGCUCUGUGUAUAGACCGUUUCCGCGCGGCCACCAAUGUACAGAUGUACUAUGAGAUGAUCGAAAACUGCUCUUCAACAACGGCCAAACUCGCGGUCAUAUGGGUCGGUGCUUUACUGCUGGCACUUCCGGAAGUUGUUCUGCGCCAGCUAAGCAAAGAGGAUUUGGGAUUCAGUGGCCGAGCUCCGGCAGAACGAUGUGUCAUAAAGAUCUCUCCCAGUUUACCAGACACGAUAUACGUUUUAGCCCUCACCUACGACAGUGCAAGGCUGUGGUGGUACUUUGGCUGUUAUUUUUGUUUACCCACACUUUUCACCAUCACCUGCUCGCUAGUGACUGCAAGGAAAAUCCGCAAGGCAGAGAAAGCCAGCACCCGGGGGAACAAGCGGCAGAUCCAACUAGAGAGCCAGAUGAACUGCACAGUGGUAGCCCUGACCAUUUUAUACGGAUUCUGCAUUAUUCCUGAGAACAUUUGCAACAUUGUCACUGCCUAUAUGGCCACUGGGGUCUCACAGCAGACCAUGGACCUCCUGAACAUCAUCAGCCAGUUCCUUUUGUUCUUUAAGUCCUGUGUGACGCCUGUGCUGCUUUUCUGCCUCUGCAAACCCUUCAGCCGGGCCUUCAUGGAGUGCUGCUGCUGUUGCUGUGAGGAAUGCGUUCAGAAGUCUUCCACGGUGACCAGCGACGACAACGACAACGAGUACACCACCGAGCUGGAGCUGUCCCCGUUCAGCACCAUCCGCCGGGAGAUGUCCACUUUUGCUUCGGUUGGAACUCAUUGCUGAAAGGCAGUAUUCGGUUUGAUCGGAUCUGUUUGUUUGAUUUGCACAUCUUGUGAACAUUUUUACUUAGUACUUUUUUCUUACAAGGAAAAUAUGCAAAAAAAAGGCAAACAAAUACAUAUUAACGGCUAUAGAACUGAUUUUGCAAAUUAAUAUUUGUGCUCUGAAAAAAAGUGUUUAUAUUUAGUUAUUGAAGAACCAGAAGGCCAAUAGUUUUAGAUCAUUUUAUCUGGUAUGGUGCUAAUAUUUUAUUUGGAAAAAGUUACUGCACCUUAACCUAAUUAAUUUGCUAGAUUUCUUUCUUUUAAAAUGUAGUUAUUGUAUAUUGAUUAUAGCUAUCUGGUUUUGCAAGGUAUUUUAUGUAUUGUGACUGAACUUAUAUUGUAUAUGAUAUUGUGAAAUGAUUUGUACUUAGACGCAUUCACAAAGUAGCACCAAAUAAAUUACACUUUAUUCUUUAA